AUGCCCCUACGCCCCCCCAAGGACGCCGAACUACCUCUCCAUACUCGCCCUCUAACUACCGCUAUACCAGCCCCUAGAAUAGCCCUAACUAUCUAUAUUUCCGCCGCGUUUGCUAAGGGACUCUUAGUAAGCGAGGAAAGCGAGCUAAGGUCUAACUUAAUAAUACUGCCUAUUACCCUAAAGGGAAGGGCUUUGUCGACCUAA